AUGUCCAUCUGUCCUGGUGUCCGUCUGUCCCGGGCUGGCUGGGCUCCAGGAGGGGCUGGAGGGCUGGAGUACAGCGACGUGCUGCCCGACUCCUUCCCCUCGGCCCCAGCAGAGACCCUCCCUCACUUUCUGCUGGAGCCGCAGGAUGCCUACAUCGUGAAGAACAAGCCGGUGGAGCUCGUCUGCCGCGCCAACCCCGCCACCCAGAUCUACUUCAAGUGCAACGGGGAGUGGGUCAACCAGAACAACCACGUCACCAAGGAGAGCCUGGACGAGGGCACUGGGAUGCUGGUGCGGGAGGUGCAGAUCGAGGUCUCGCGGCAGCAGGUGGAGGAGCUCUUCGGCUUAGAAGAUUACUGGUGCCAGUGCGUGGCUUGGAGCUCCGCGGGCACCACGAAGAGCCGCCGGGCAUACGUCCGCAUAGCGUACCUGCGGAAGAACUUCGACCAGGAGCCACUGGGCAAGGAGGUCCCGCUGGAGCAAGAGGUCCUGCUGCAGUGCCGCCCGCCCGAGGGGGUGCCGCAGGCGGAGGUGGAGUGGCUGAGGAACGAGGAUGUCAUCGAUCCCACCCAGGACACCAACUUCCUGAUCACCAUCGAUCACAACCUCAUCAUCAAGCAGGCCCGGCUCUUGGACACUGCUAAUUACACCUGCAUGGCCAAGAACAUCGUGGCCAAGCGUCGGAGCACCACGGCCGCCGUCAUCGUCUAUGUGAACGGUGGCUGGUCCACCUGGUCCGAGUGGUCUCCUUGCAACAACCGCUGUGGCCGGGGCUGGCAGAAGCGCACCCGGACGUGCACCAACCCCGCGCCACUGAAUGGCGGCUCCUUCUGCGAUGGGCAGCCUUUCCAGAAAAUCACCUGCACCACCCUCUGCCCAGUGGACGGCGCGUGGACGGAGUGGAGCAAGUGGUCGGCGUGCAGCACCGAGUGCACCCACUGGCGCAGCCGCGAGUGUGCCGCCCCGGCCCCCCGCAACGGCGGCAAGGACUGCAGCGGUGUGCUGCUUGACUCCAAAAACUGCACCGACGGGCUCUGCCUGCAGAAUAAAAGAGUUCUAAGCGAACCCAAAAGCCACUUGCUGGAGGCCUCAGGUGACGUGGCCCUGUACGCCGGGCUGGUGGUGGCCAUUUUCGUCUUCAUCGUGAUCCUCAUGGCUGUGGGGGUGGUGGUGUACCGGAGGAGAUGUCGGGAUUUUGACACGGACAUCACAGACUCGUCAGCCGCUCUGACCGGAGGCUUCCACCCCGUCAACUUCAAGACCUCCCGGCAUGACAACCCUCAGCUGCUGCACCCCUCGAUGCAGCCAGACCUGACGGCCAGCGCGGGGGUGUACCGUGGCCCCAUGUAUGCCCUGCAGGACUCCUCCGACAAGAUCCCCAUGACCAACUCCCCCCUGCUCGACCCCCUACCCAACCUCAAGAUCAAGGUGUACAACUCCUCCACCGCCUCCUCAUCACCGGGGCUCCACGAUGGGACAGACCUGCUCGGGGGGGUGCCCACCACCGGCACCUACCCAGGGGACACCACCAGGGACGGCCACUUUGCGAACAUUCGGAACAAAGCCCUGGGCUCCCAGCAUCUCCUCAGCUUGCCUCGGGAGCACGGCAACAGUGCCAGCGGCACGUUCGGCUACCUGGGGGGAAGGCUCACUGUCCCAGGCACCGGAGUGAGCCUGCUGGUGCCCCACGGGGCCAUCCCCCAGGGGAAGUUCUACGAGAUGUACCUGGUCCUCAACAAGGCAGAGAGUGCCCUCCUGCCCUCCGAAGGCACACAGACGGUGCUGAGCCCAGCGGUGACCUGCGGACCCACCGGCUUGCUCCUGUGCCGCCCCGUCGUCCUGACCAUUCCCCACUGUGCCGACGUCAGCUCCUCGGAUUGGAUUUACCAACUGAAAACACAGUCCCACCAAGGAAACUGGGAGGAAGUUGUGACCCUGGAUGAGGAGACCCUCAACACUCCCUGCUACUGCCAGCUGGAAGCCAAGUCCUGCCACAUUUUGCUAGACCAGCUUGGCACCUACGUCUUCGUGGGAGAGUCCUACUCCAGAUCAGCCAUCAAGAGGCUCCAGCUGGCAAUCUUUGCCCCCGCAGUUUGCACCUCCCUGGAGUACAGCCUCAAGGUCUACUGCUUGGAGGACACGCCAGAUGCUCUGAAGGAGGUGCUGGAGCUGGAGCGGACUCUGGGCGGGUACCUGCUGGAGGAGCCCAAGCCCCUGCCCUUCAAGGACAGCUACCACAACCUGCGUCUCUCCAUCCAUGACAUCCCCCAUGCGCUGUGGAAGAGCAAGCUGCUGGCCAAAUACCAGGAAAUCCCGUUCUAUCACAUCUGGAGUGGCAGCCAGCGAGCCCUGCACUGCACCUUCACGCUAGAGAGGUACAGCCAGGCCUCCACCGAGCUCACCUGCAAGAUCUGCGUCCGGCAGGUGGAAGGGGAAGGGCAGAUCUUCCAGCUCCACAUCACACUGGGAGAGCAUGCCAGCUCCUUCGACACCCUCCGCUCCCACCACAGCGGUGCCACCACCACCACCCAGCUGGGACCCUAUGCCUUCAAAAUCCCCCUUUCCAUCCGGCAGAAGAUCUGCAACAGCCUGGAUGCCCCCAACUCCAGGGGAAAUGACUGGAGACUUCUCGCCCAGAAGCUUUCCAUGGACCGGUAUCUGAACUACUUUGCCACCAAAGCCAGCCCCACCGGGGUGCUCCUGGACUUAUGGGAAGCCGAGCACCAAGACGAUGGCGAUCUCAACACCCUGGCCAGUGCCUUAGAAGAGAUGGGCAAGAGCGAGAUGCUGGUGGUCAUGGCCACGGAGGGGGAUUGCUGAUGAUGCUCCCUGCGGCUGGUGGGCCGG